AUCAUAAUCUUCCUUAAUGCAGACGCGCACACACAGGAUCGGUCUUCUUUAGCGAAGUUUUAAGGAUGAGAAACAUCAGGGCAAAAACUUUCCUGAUGGUCGGAGCUCUCGGUCUGCUGGUCCUUCAUCUCUGUAAAGAUUUUAUUGACCACAAAACCAUACGCCUCCAUGUAGAUGUGAGAGAGAACAACAACCAAAUAAGGAAGCCCACCAAAAACAACUCUUACGUAUUCUUCUGGCCGAAAUGUCAACAAAACAUUUCUGCUGCCAACAUCUCAGGCUUCAGCUCCCUUCCUAUUCCUAUCAAAGACUUUCUCUACUACCGACACUGCCGCCAUUUCCCCAUGCUGCUGGACCUUCCAGACAAAUGUGGAGGAGCUGACAAAUCUGCAGACGUCUUUCUUCUGCUGGUCAUUAAAAGCUCCCCAGGGAACUACGACCGCCGAGAGGUGCUACGCAAAACCUGGGCGAAAGAGAGGUUACACAACGGGGUGUGGAUUCGAAGGAUCUUCGUCUCGGGAACGUCGGGUUCUGGUUUUGAGAAGGAAAGGCUGAACAAAAUCCUGGAGCUGGAGCAGCAGGAGUACCAUGACAUCCUUCAAUGGGACUUCAGUGACACAUUUUACAACCUCACCUUGAAGCAGAUCCUCUUCCUGGAAUGGAUGGAAAGAAACUGUCCAAAUGCUCGCUUCCUGCUGAAUGGCGACGAUGACGUCUUUGCCAACACAGACAACAUGGUUGUGUAUCUCCAAAGCCUCAAGGACAAUGAUGGAAGCAAACACCUCUUCACUGGGCACCUGAUCCAGAAUGUGGGGCCCAUUAGAUCAUCAGGGAGUAAGUAUUACAUCCCAGUACAAGUGCAGGAAUCAAACUCCUACCCCUCUUACUGUGGUGGCGGGGGCUUCCUCCUGUCUGGUUAUACAGCUCUGGUCAUAUACAACAUGUCCCUGUCCAUCACCAUCCUUCCUAUUGAUGAUGUUUACAUGGGGAUGUGUCUGGCCAAAGCAGGACUUAGUCCUUCCUCCCACAUGGGUGUGAAGACAGCAGGACUGUACAUUCCCUCCAGCACAUUAGACGGAUACGAUCCUUGUUAUUAUAAAGACGUCUUACUGGUACACAGAUUUCUUCCACAUCAGAUGUAUCUGAUGUGGCACAGAAUACACGAUCCUACUCUGAAGUGUUCUCCCUCCACAAAACGGCAUUAGUAGUGCCAAACCGGUGGUAACAGAGCUUGCUGACAAUUUGCGUCUUGCACGAGCUCAAAUGGACUUUGGAGUGAUGGGGCCUUUUCUCUAGAUACUGUAUGGAUGAGCAGCUUUAGCUGGAAGGAAGGAACUGCCAUACACAUUUACCUCUUCCAUGUGUUGUCUGAUUAAAAGCAGGGUUUCAGACCUUGCUUUGUGUCAGGCUGCAUUGUCAGCAACAUCUGAGCAGACAGACACAAAGCACUGUAUGAACUUCCACAUUUGUUGUUUUAUAUCUGAUGUUACGACUACUUACCCAUCCAGCAGAUAUCAGACGUCACAUCUCUCUCCCCGAACGAAUGUAAGUUCAAUAUUUAUGUGCCUUCUGCUUAAAAAAAAAAAUCUCCUCAUCUUUGGCUCGCCGCAUGUGUCUUCAGCAGCUUGUCUGAUGUUGCUGUGUAAGCACGAUACAGUCGAGAUGGGCGACUGUACGAGCAUUUCAGUAACAAUAUCCAUUAAUAGAGCUGUAUAGGUGUGUUGGUGAGGCCAAACUGUGUACAAAUAUAAGUAAUGCUUAACAACAGCAAGGCCUGGGAUCUUUAAACGAAAACUUCUGCCAAAGUCACUUCAGCACAGUUAGAGAAUCGUUAGAUUUUUCUACAUUAAAAGCAAUACUGUGUAUGCGGGGUGACAAAGCUUUUCUUAAGCUCAAGCUGCAAGAGCAUACAUGUGAGGAACUGAUUAAACAGUGUGUUUUGUCUGCUGUAAUGUGAGCUCCAAUCAUCAGGUGUGAGUGUUUCCUCACUAUGUACAAUCUGGUCCUUCUGUACUGUACUGUUUCAGAAAGUACCAACAAUUCCAAAUGGCAAUUUUGCCUCCGUUGUCAACGCGAAAUAAAUUUGUGUCAUGUGAGAGGAAAAAGCAAAUGUAGGAAGAGUUACUCUUUAUCUUUCUGUAUGUAAAUAAAUGUGUCUUACUGAUGGGGGUUCAGUGGUUCUCCCUUGAACAGCUUUUUUUUUUUUUUUAAAG